GCUGCAAGCCCCUUUUAUUACACUUGCUCAAGAUUUGCUCACUUCAUUCUAGUGAAUGGUGUGCUAGCAAUAUGAACGUUCUAAUUCUUUGGGUGUUUGCUUUGGGUCUGAUAUGUCCGUCCACCACCGUAUUGGCGGAUGAGGUUCCCGCUCUGGUGCGAAAGGUGCGACAGCAGAACACUCUACCGCCGGAUAUGAAAUCCGCUGUCAAAGGCGCUCCCACUACGGAUCCAGUCAUUGAAGAGGAUGGCGAAUUUGACGAUGCUCUAAAGGGACAACAGAUAACAGAGCCGACGGGCAUUAAGAAAACAACUCAAUCGCAAGCCACGUCAACCACACCGGCAGUAAAAUCGAAGGAUCAACGGCAAGAUGUGAAAGGUGGUAAAAGCCCCAGAAAAGAUACAUCCGAAUCUCCGGGGGAUAGUUCUUCCAAAAACCCAGUGAUCACUGAUCAAACCAAAAAGACCACUGCACAGUCGGGUGCACCCAAUGCUACUACAAACGCUACCGCAAGCAAUACGCCCUCUGCACCAUCCCCGAUAGUGGUCAACGUGAAUGUGGUCGUUCAAUCAGAACCUGCACAUGGCGCUACCAGCUGUACAGCGCCAGAUUAUAACUGUCACCUUAAAGUUUUACCAGCCACCCAACGACCGAGACCGCCAUCAAGGCCUAAUCCUUUGUACGUUCCAAGAAGAAGCAGCUUUAGGCGGUACGAUUCCGCACCAAUCAUAACGACCACUGACGCUGGUCACGAACACGAGCACAUACACGUUGAGGGUAACGGGAUAGAUUAUCCAAACUCACCACUAGGAAUACCACGCAAUUUGCGCAAGACAUCAUGUAUCUUCUGUUAAUGUCUUUUUGAAAUAAAGAACAGUUUUUAAUUCCUACGGCUAUGGACUUAGCAAGCUUGCCUUGGUACGAUCCUGUACGAUUAGUUCUAUGCUUUAAUAUUUUUCGUAUCAAAAUUCUCAACGGAUUUCAGAUGUUUUAAGCUAUAAUUUUGAGGAUUCACAACCAAUUAUGAUGAGAAGCGCUGAAGCGGUCACUGUGAUAGGUCUUCCCUGUCUCAAUAUAUUCACGUUUCAUCAAGAUACUCUUAAAUCAAUGCCAUGGUUUAUUUCAUACCCAUUUUGCGUGCAAUAUACAUCCUACCUUAUCACAUUUUAGACAUGGUUUAAUAAUGUGAAAUAUCAAUAAGUUUCCAUACAAAUUUAUGCCUCAAAUUGAUUACCCUGACCCAGCAAAACUGGCUAUAAAACAACGAAUACAUUGCUUCAUACGUAUUCCAGUUUCUGGGAAUAAGUUCAAACCAAGUCAAGCAUCAGCUAUUUACUGUAAUUUAAAAAUGAACUUCAAGCUCAUGUUGUUGUUUAGCUGUCUGGCGAUUCUUGCCACAGUAAGCUUCCUGCAUGCAAUGGAAGCAAACGAAGCUGAAGCAGCCGAAAUGGAGUUCGGUGAUAUGCUGCGCCAAAAGAUUCCGAAAAACUUCACCAAGCUUCCUCCGAUACCGGAGGAACGUGGAAGGGGCAGGCAUGGUUUAUUGAACAAGCUUUAAUUUCAAAACCACCGCACAUAAGCACUGUGCAACAAGCCUAGAAUUGGAUUCAAUCAAUGCAUUACAUUGAAAGCAAAUGUAAUGCAUCGAUUUACUUUAUUUCAUUUCUUACCGAAGUGCUCGUUGUGUGCAACAUGUUUUGUUUUCGAGUAAUGAAAUGAAAGAUUUUCUGAAGCAAUAA